UGUCACGCACGGGAUUCAAUAAAAUCCGCAUUCCACGUUUCAACGUCUUAAAUAUAAUUGUAUCACACUGCAUAAAGAGUUGUGGUCUGGCACGUCAGCGGACACCUCUGUAGCGGGGGUCUUACUAGCAACAGGAAGAGAAGAUGACCGUCCAUAACUUGUACAUAUUUGAUCGGAAUGGAAACUGUCUCUAUUACAACGAGUGGAACCGAAAGAAGCAGGCGGGAAUCUCGAAAGAUGAGGAGUAUAAGCUGAUGUACGGGAUGCUGUUCUCCAUCCGCUCAUUCGUCAGUAAAAUGUCUCCUCUGGACAUGAAGGACGGUUUCCUCUCCUUUCAGACCAGCAAGUAUCGUCUUCAUUACUACGAGACUCCCACUGGACUAAAGUUUGUCAUGAACACAGACCUGUCGGUGUCCAACGCCAGAGAGACACUGCAGCACAUCUACAGCAAUCUCUACGUGGAGUACAUAGUGAAGAACCCUGUGUGUGUGUUGGGCAACACUUUGGACAGUGAACUGUUCAGCAGCCGAUUGGACGCUUUCAUCAGAGCUCUGCCGUAUUACAGUCCCCGCGCCGCCUGAUGCACACGUACACACACACACGUACACACAGUGAUGUAUUUAUUUGUUUGUGUUUUUGUAUCUUCACCCCGAGUGUAAACAUGACUCGGCAGAAGAACUCGACCAUUGAAUUAAACUGAUGUUUGUGACUCUGUA